AUGCAGUUUUCAGCUCGCGGGCUUUCUACUUUUCGACCUUCAGUUUUCGUUGACUCUAGUACACUAAAAUCAUGGAAUCGUAGUAACCGCUCGCCGUUGUCCUUUUAUUUGGGACAUAGAAAACUGUCGUGUUCGUCAAGCAGACACCAUCCUUUAAAGUUGCCAUCUCGCCUAGUCUCUCUCUCACAUGCACCUGUCCCAAAGAAAUCAUGGGUCGAGCGCUUUCCAGCUCCAAUUCAGCCUUAUCUCUUUCUCACUCGCAUAGACAAACCCAUUGGUACCCUCUUGCUAUUCUAUCCAUGCGCAUGGUCUAUAACGAUGGCGUCGUACGCGUUAGAGGUACCAUUCUCAACGUCGAUGGCAUACAUCGGUAUUUUUGGGUUGGGAGCCUUGGUCAUGCGUGGUGCAGGUUGCACCAUCAACGAUAUGUGGGAUAGAAAUCUGGAUAAAGCUGUAGUACGAACUCGUGAAAGGCCUUUAGCCAGAGGAGACAUUACACAUAGACAGGCUCUUGGUUUCCUGGCAGGACAGUUGGGUGUUGGCCUGGGAGUUCUGUUGCAGUUAAAUUGGUACAGUAUACUCCUCGGAGCGUCUUCAUUAUCGGUUGUGACUAUUUAUCCCUUGAUGAAACGCAUUACCCAUUGGCCCCAAGCUGUCCUUGGUCUUGCGUUCAAUUGGGGAGCACUAUUGGGCUGGUCAGCUAUCGCAGGUGCAGUGAACUGGAGUGUCUGCUUACCGCUAUACGCAGGAGGUGUCUGCUGGACACUAGUCUACGAUAGCAUAUAUGCUCAUCAAGAUAAAUCGGACGAUAUCCAUGUUGGGAUCCGUUCCACUGCCCUUCUCUUCGGGAAUAACACCAGGCCGAUUCUGAGUGCCCUCUCUGCAUCAACCGUUUCUCUCAUCACCUACGCAGGCAUGCUCAACGCUCAGGGAUUACCGUUCUAUGUGGGUGUUGGACUCGGCACGAUACAGCUUACACGAGUGCUGUGGAGGACUGAUUUUAAUCAACGACCAAGCUGCUGGGCAGGUUUCGUAGGGUGUGGCUGGGCUGGAUUUUGGGUAUGGAUGGGAGCUUUAGGGGACUAUGCAUUAAUGCUGCUACAUUUAUAG